AUGGGCGUGGAUUGGCGAUCCAAAACGUGGAAUAUUAAAUCGUGCAUCGAAAUGUCGUUCCAAAAAAUUUUGGAUCACCCAGCUCUGGCUGGUGUGUAUCCUGGUUCACAUCCAAUAAAUAUCGUGGCAGUAAUUUUUUGUUUUGGGCAAUCUCCAUAUUUGCCCCAUAUGCCGUCAAAGUUGACCAUGUCAUGA